CGAUGACAAAUUUUGGUUCAUUUUCUAUGUGGAAGUUCUUUAGAAAGUUUUAAGGGGAAGACAUGGCAAAAAAUAUUUUAGUAGCUGCUCUUUUUAUUCUCGGAGUUUCUCAAGUGUCUUCCAUAAAGUGCUAUUUUUGUGCCUCCACCACCGACUGUGCUGAUCCCGUGAAUACAGCUGCAAUUGAGACGUUUGAUUGUGAAAAUGAGCAGGUUUGCUAUAAAAUGGGAAUCAGAUUUCAAAUAGCAGGCCUCGAUCAAUCAGCAAUUGCAAGAGGUUGCAUUCCAGCUGAUUCACCCUGUACUGCAGCUGAUCUAGGACUGAGAAUUUCAAUAACUUCCUGCCAUCUCUGCGAUACGGAUUUGUGUAAUGCUUCUGUGAGGCUCACUGGAGGGAUCUAUGCUGUCCUCCCUAUGAUUGUAUCCCUCUUGAUUGCUAAAAUAAAAUUCUAAAACCAAA